AUCGAUAUAUAAAUUUUAUGAAUGUUUGCGACUUUAAUUAAUUGUAAUUAUUAAACACCUGUAGAAUUUAUUAUUUUGAUACGAAUUAUGGUGGAAAUUAAUGAAAUUACUAUUCCCGUACCAUGGGGAUAUAUGGCAGCAAAAACGUGGGGUUCUAGUAACAACUGUCCAAUAUUAAUGAUUCAUGGCCGACAAGAUAAUGCUGGAUCUUUUGAUUUAUUAAUUCCAAAAUUACCGGAAAGUUAUUAUUACAUAUGUAUUGAUUUACCUAGUCAUGGAAAAUCAUCACAUUUUCCUCCAAAUAUACCAAUCAAUAUAACCAAUUUUGUAGUAGCAGUGACAUACGUAAUCAAUUAUUUUAAAUGGGAAAAAAUUACAAUAAUUGCACAUAGUUUGGGUGCAAGGGUUGCUUGUCAUGUAGCAUUGACAUAUCCACGUUUAAUUGAACGGCUAGUAUUUUUAGACUCAAUAUCAAUAUAUCCAGUACAUCCUGGUGAUUUUGGUGAUUAUACACGUGAAAAUAUCGAAAAAUUUGCCAAAGUGACUGAAAAAUUACAAAAAAAUUCACCACCUGAAUAUACAGCAGAUGAAGCUUUAGAACGAAUUAUGGAAAAUAGACCAACUACAAUUUGUAAAGAAGGUGCUUUAAAUAUGUUAAAUCGUGCAUUAAUACCACUUGAAAAUGGUAGAUUUCAUCUUUCAAUGGACCAACGAUUAAAGUGCAUCUUUUAUGAUUUGUUAUCAAGUGAAAAUGUUGCUGCGGUUAUAAAGUAUUGUAGAUUUAAAUUUCCACACUUAGUAUUACUUGCAUCUGAAACAAAUAACUUAUUGUUUAAUAAAUCAUCUGAACCAAUUUUAAGGGAAUUAAAAAAGAAUCAAAAUUGUAGAAUAAUUAUUGUUAAUGGUAACCAUGAUGUCCAUAACAAUAAUGCUGAUUUAGUAGCAAGGUAUAUAAACAUAUUUUUAGAAAAAUAUCCAACGCCAGAAUAUUAUAAAAAAUCAAAAAAAUUAAUUCAAGCAAAAAUUUGAUUAUAUAAAAAAUGUUUAGUUUAAUAUAGCUGUAAAUAAAACAAGACCUCAUACGAAAAUUAUAUGUGGCGGUUAAAAGUUUUAAUAUUAAUUUUAACAGGAAUAAUAAAUCGGAAAUAUUUGAUUGGAUCCGUUUUAAAUGAGCAGAAAAUUUCCAAUUUUGGACUCAAUUUGAAAUUAAUUAGAAAUUUUACUAAGGAAGGUGGCGGUUAAAAUAAUAUUAUUAUUCGAAAAGUAAUAAAAUUUAAUAAGUAUUUUUUUAUCUGGGAUCUACAUAAAUCUCGCGUAGAAAUAGACAUAAAACAUAGAAAUCUUAGCCAAGUACACAUUUCAAGACGCAAAUUUAUGUUAGGGCCAAGUUUAAUUAGAAACAAAUGUUUGGAUUAUGUUUAUAAGAAGAUCUUUAUCUAUCACAAUUUACACUCCUAUCAAUAAUGAAUUUUGCUCUACAUUAAUAGUAGCUAUCUAUUAUCUAGCCAAACACAAUUUUUAAAUUUAGGGCCAAUAUGCUUAAAUUGCACUUAGAUAAUAGGAUCAAAUUUAUUUAUUGUAAUUUGUAAACUUUUAAAACUCUAAAAUGAUUAUUUUUAACUGAUGUCAAAAAGGCGGAAGAUGCUCAAUUCAAUAUUCUAACACGCUCAAUUAAAACAAAUUACUUCAGUAAUUUUCUAUGAUGUUGAGAAAUAAAUAGAACCGAUUUGAAAAAAUGAUCUUACCAUUAAAUUAUUAUUAUUUUUUAAUGAA